AUGGCUGUCCAUGUGAUGCAUGGGCUUGACACUUGCUCUGGUGCUGCCAAUGGUGGGCACUUGGCAGUGCUGGAAUAUGCCCAUGAAAAUGGUUGCCCCUGGAAUGAAAUCACAUGCAGCAAUGCUGCGUCAAAGGGGCGUCUAGAUAUCCUCCAAUAUGCCCAUAAUAAUGGUUGUCCAUGGGAUGAAGACACAUGCAAGUGUGCUGCUGAGAAUGGCUAUUUGGGAAUGCUACAAUUUGCUCAUGAAAAUGACUGUCCCUGGGAUAACAGUACAUGUGAAGAAGCUGCCAAGUAUGGACAUUUGGAUGUCCUGAAAUAUGCUUAUGAGAAUGGCUGUUCUUUGAAUAGCAGUGCAUGUGAAGAAGCUGCAGAAAAUGGCCAAUUGGAAAUCCUAAAGUUCCUUCACGAAAGCGAUUGUCCUUGGGAUGGUAACACAUGUUUCUUUGCAGCGGAAUGUGGUCAUCUGGAAAUUCUGAGAUAUGCACAUGAACAUGGAUGUCCAUGGAACGAAGAGACGUGUUAUGCAGCAGCUGCUGCUGGUCAUUUGCAAAUCCUGAAGUAUGCCCAUGAAAAUAUGUGUCCAUGGGAUGAAAGGUCGUGCCAGUGGGCUGCAAUGAAUGGCCACAUAGAAGUGCUAAAGUAUGCCCGUGAGAAUGGCUGUCCUUGGAGCAAAGAGACCAGCAGGAUUGCUGCUUGCUUGGGAUAUUCUGAAGAUCCAUCAUGA